ACUGGUGCUGGCAGGCAGCAGCUAAAUCCAAAGGAAGCUGCAGCAACAGGGCGCAGACACUGCUGGGCCCCAUGGCCGGGGAGGCCCCAAAGGAGAGAGGGCUGGAGAACAAGGUCGCUCCCCAGGAUGACUCGGGCCUCCAGGACAGUGUGUUCUCCUCUGAAACUGACAACAGCCUGUACUUCACCUACAGCGGCAAGUCCAACACCUUGGAGGUCCAAGAUCUCAGCUACCAGGUGGACAUGGCCUCCCAGGUGCCUUGGUUUCAGCAGCUGGCUCACUUCAAGAUGCCCUGGACAUCUCACAAGGACUCUUGUGAGCUAGGCAUUCAGAACCUGAGCUUCAAAGUGAGGAGUGGGCAGAUGCUGGCCAUCAUAGGGAGCUCAGGCUGUGGGAGAGCCUCUUUGCUGGACGUGAUCACGGGGCGAGACUACGGUGGCAAGAUUAAGUCAGGCCAAAUCCAGAUCAACGGGCAGCCCAGCACGCCGCAGCUAGUGAGGAAGUGUGUGGCCCACGUGCGCCAGCACGACCAGCUGCUCCCCAACCUGACCGUCCGCGAGACCCUGGCUUUUGUGGCCCAGCUGCGCCUGCCCAGAACAUUCUCCCAGGCCCAGCGUGACAAAAGGGUGGACAGCGUGAUCGCGGAGCUGCGCCUGCGGCAGUGCGCCGACACGCGCGUGGGCAACGUCUACGUGCGGGGCGUGUCCGGCGGCGAGCGGCGCCGAGUCAGCAUCGCGGUGCAGCUGCUGUGGAACCCGGGAAUCCUCAUUCUGGAUGAACCCACCUCUGGGCUCGACAGCUUCACGGCCCACAACCUGGUGAAAACCUUGUCUAGGUUGGCCAGAGGCAACAGGCUGGUGCUCAUCUCCAUCCACCAGCCCCGCUCCGAUAUCUUCAGGCUGUUUGAUUUAGUCCUCCUGAUGACGUCUGGCACCACCAUCUACUUGGGGGCAGCACAGCACAUGGUCCAGUACUUCACGGCAGCUGGCUAUCCGUGUCCUCGAUACAGCAACCCUGCCGACUUCUAUGUGGACUUGACCAGCAUCGACAGACGAAGCAAAGAGCAGGAGGCGGCCACCAAGGAGAAGGCUCAGUCACUUGCGGCCCUGUUUCAAGAAAAAGUGCAUGGCUCCGAUGACUUUCUGUGGAGAGCAGAGUCGAGGCAGCAGGGGGUGUGCACCUGUGUGGAGAGCCUGGCUUCCCCGAGGGACACCAGCCCCUUGCAGACUCCCACUAAGCUGCCUGGCCCCGUACAGCAGUUUGCCAUACUGAUCCGACGUCAGCUUUCCAAUGACUUCCGAGACCUGCCAACCCUUCUCAUCCACGGGGCAGAGGCCUGCCUGAUGUCCCUGAUCAUCGGCUUCCUCUAUUACGGCCACGGGGCCAUCAAGCUCUCCCUCGCAGACACAGCGGCCCUCCUGUUCAUGAUCGGGGCUCUCGUCCCCUUCAACGUGAUCCUGGACGUCAUUGCCAAGUGUCACUCGGAGAGGGCGCUGCUUUACUAUGAACUGGAAGAUGGGCUGUACACGGCUGGGCCGUAUUUCUUCGCCAAGAUCUUGGGGGAGCUGCCCGAGCACUGUGUCUACAUCUUCAUCUACGGGAUGCCCAUCUACUGGCUGGCCAACCUGCGCCCAGGCCCGGAGCCCUUCCUGCUGCACUUCCUGCUGGUGUGGCUGGUGGUCUUCUGCUGCAGGACCAUGGCCCUGGCCACCGCCGCCCUGUUACCCACCUUCCACAUGUCCUCCUUCUUCGGCAACGCUCUCUACAACUCCUUCUACCUCACUGGGGGCUUCAUGAUCAGCUUGGACAACCUGUGGACAGUGCCCGCGUGGAUUUCCAAGGUGUCCUUCCUCCGAUGGUGCUUUGAAGGGCUGAUGCAGAUCCAGUUUGGUGGGCACGCUUACCACAUGGCAUCUGGCAACUUCACCAUCUCUAUCCCAGGAGACAUGAUCCUCAGCACCAUGGGCCUGGACUCGUACCCACUCUACGCCAUCUACUUCAUCAUCAUCGGCAUCUGUGGUGGCUUUGUGGUCCUGUACUAUGUGUCCCUAAGGUUCAUCAAACAGAAAUCAAGUCAAGACUGGUGAUUCACACCCAGACCCCUACCUGCCUGUGUGGGUCUUGAGAAGGCGCUUCAACUGCCCUCCCUUCCUCCCAAGGAGCCUCUUCCCUGGCACAAGGACAGUGAGAACAGAGCUCAGCUGUAUCUGGCCCACAGUGCUGCAGUGGCACAGGCGGGCCACAGGAUGGCAGUAGAAUAAAGACAGUCAAAGGGGAUUUCUGAUCACUGGCUGGAGCUUGCGAUUACUGGGAACGUGAAAACCAUACUUGGGGUUACCUAUAAUGUUGCUAAUUUAUUUCUUUUUGAUGUAUAUUUGUAUAGCCAGCUAAUACAAGAUGGGAAAAAAUUAGGUAUGAAUUGAGUCAUUAGACUUUGCAGGUACAAUAACAUAACAGCUAGUGGAAUAUUUGGCCUCAUCUUCUAGGGCUCCCAAACUCUGUGUUGAACCACUCUCAACACAGAAAAUGACCUGAAACAUACCAGCAGGAUGACAUCCCUUCUUUUCAUGUGGGGUCAUGGGCCCCCAAAGCCAAACUGUACAAUUAAAAAGUUAUUGAGCAACUGCUGUGCACCAGGUACAGUGCAAAACACUUAUUUAUGUGGAUGACAUCAUUCAAUUUUGUUAGAACAGUCCUUUGAGGUGGGCAGUAUCCUAUUUUAUAGAUGAAGAAACUGAGGCACAGACUAAUUCAGUUUGCUAAGAAAACUCACAGGACUACUGUGUGAUGGUUUGAUAUAUUUUCACGAUUAAAUUCAGGUCACACACCUUUGGCAGGAGCAUCACAGAAGGGAUGAAC